AUGUUAUCAUGGUUCUAUUCAAUCUUACUUUCAGCAUUCCCUAUGCCGACGUCUUCAUCUCAUGGAUCUGUAGUUACACCAUUAGCUGUUUUAAAUCGACUGCCAGGCUGGCUUGGUACGUUAGUUAUCAGCCCUGAUGGGUCAGUUCUACAGUCAGCUGGUGAACUAGUAAAUAACAAGGAACUGGCUCAACAUUUUGCCGCAAUUGCUAAUCGAGUUGGUCGUUUGUUAAAUAUGGAAGGUGAAAGAAAAACUCAGCAGUUUAAAAGAUUAACUGUACAUUUUGAUCAUGCAAUAUACAUUAUGACAUGUGUUGGUGAUACAAUCUAUGUGGUAAAACGUUUACCUGACAAUCAGAAUAUUUCAUACAACGACAAUUAUCAACAAUUACAUGGUGUCAAGUCGGAUAAUAGUAUGACUAGUAAUAACAAUAACAGCAAUAACCCUGUCGAUGUACAACAUCAUACUGUUAUGAAUAACAACAGCAAUAUUCACAACAUUGCUGCAGUCGAUAAUCAUGGAGGUCAGUUUUAUGAAACACGUGCUCCAGAUGAUUAUUGACAAUGAAUAUCAAUUUUUCAAUUCCCUCACCUACUUAGCUACUUACCUACUAUUUUUUUUUCUUAUUGCUUCUUCAUUGUAAUAAUAAAAAUAUGAUUUUUUUUAAAAAGAUAUCAUUGUUGAUGAUAAUUUAGUUUUUAAAAUAAAUUGUCAUUUUUCUGUAAAUAAUUUGGAUUAUCUUUGUAUUCGUUUAUUUUUUUUUUUUAAUUAUCAGAUUUGAAAAUAUAAAAUCAUCUUUUGGUAAUUUGCCCAUUUUUUUCCUCUCUCUGUCAUUAUAUCGAAGAAGAUUAAAACACAGCUGAUGUUGGAUUGUAAUAUUUUGAAGCCUCAGUAGAUGCAUUUCAUCUCAUUCAGGUCGUGUAGACCCAGUCUAUCUAUCUAUCUAUCUUAUCAAUUUACAGUAAAGAUUAAUUUCAUAUCUAUCGGACUUGUAUUUUAUGGAUGAUUUUUCGAUAGUUUGCGCUAAGCGUUAUUUUAAUAGUAAAUAGACUCAAUUAUUAAAAA